AUGGCGAUGUGGGGGAUAAGCAGCGCCGGUGCAUUGGUGCUGUCCUUGCUGACCAUCGCCAUGCUGGUCUCCCCAACCUGGUCGGUCCCUCUCGAAGGGGAAGGGGAAGGGGCUGCUGCUCUCUUAACGGACUUCCACGCCAGGACGUGUCCGCAGCUCAAGACCAUAGUGCGCUCCAUGGUGAAGGCGGCGAUAAAGCGGGAGGUUGCUCUGGCCGCCGGUCUCCUCCGCAUCUUCUUCCACGACUGCUUCCCGCAAGGCUGUGAUGCGUCCGUCUACCUCCGGGGCCGCGGGACAGAGCAGGCCAUGAGGCCCAACAAGGGGCUCCAGCCACGCGCCCUAAAGCUCAUCGACGACAUCCGUGCCAAGGUGCACGCGGCAUGCGGGCCCACCGUCUCCUGCGCCGACAUCUCGGCCCUUGCCACCCGCGAGGCCGUCAUCGUCUCCGGCGGCCCGACCUACUCGGUGCCCCAGGGCCAGUUGGACAGCUUCGGCCCUGCUCCCGAGAGUAAGGUCCUCAGCAGCCUCCCGUCACCGUCUUUAAGCAGCGUAUUCGAGCUCGGAAGGUUCUUCAGCGCCAAGGGUCUCCGCACAUGGGCUGACCUCGUCGCCCUCUCCGGGGCGCACACAAUCGGGAGGGCCGGCUGUGGAUUCUUCGGCGACCGGACCCGCCGCGGCGGCGAUGCAUUCGCGCGUAGGCUCAAGACCAACUGCACCCGCAGCCCGCAGCGGCUACAGAACCUUGAUGUGGUCACGCCGAACCUGUUCGACAAUGGCUACUACAAGGCCCUGGUGGACAGAAAGGGGGUCUUCACCUCCGACAUGGCGCUCAUCAGGAACAACAGAACGGAGCCGAUCGUGAAGCAGUUUGCGCGGGACAAGAACGCCUUCUUCAUCCAAUUCGCCAAAUCCAUGACAAAGCUCGCCAACAUGCACAGGCCCAAGGGGAACACUGGCCAGAUCCGCCGCAGAUGUUUCAGACCCAACGGCCGCCCGUAUGUCAUGGAUAUGGAUGCCGCCGUCGACGUCCAAGACGGCUACUCAGCUUCUGCCUCUGCUUGA